AUGACUACAGUACCCGAGGAUAAGAACUAUAAGGAUAUUACAUCGCAAGUCCAAUAUAUAAGGAGUAGGAUACAAAUUUGCCGCUGUGUAUUCCAAGUAUAUAUUCAAAUAUUUGAAAGGAACAUCGAAAGAAGUGAACAUAGUGGCGGACUAUGUGGUAAAAACCCGCAACAUGUGGUAAAAACCCGCAACAUUUGGUGUUCAUUUACCACCCGAUGUGGUAAAACUCCAAAAUUAUACCACCAAAUGUUGCGGGUUUUUGCUACAUAUUGCGGGUUUUUACCACCUAUUGUUGCGGGUUUUUUCCGCAUGUUGCGUAAUUAUACCACUCGUGGUACUUACUAA